GGUGGAUCUGGGGAGCUGGGUGCCCCCAUGAACCAGCACUCGCCCUUCCUGGUGCCACCUGCUCCCCCUCCCUGGGCUUCAUGGGUGCAGGGGCUCCAGGCAGACUGGCAGCUGGGAGCCUGAAUGCCUGGGUUCUCACCCAGAUGAGGGGAGAAGUGGAGCUGGUGGGUUAGAGCAAGGGGAAAUGGGGCCCUGGACACCUGGGUUGUCCCCCAGCUUGGGGGGGCGGGCCACUAGUGGGUUAGAGCAGUGGGGAUUGGAAGCCAGGACACUGGGGUUCCCCCCAGCUCUGGGAGCGGAGUGAUGCCCACUGGCACCCCAGAGGGACUGAUGAUUUAGGUUGAAUCCAGGCUCUGAGGUGUGCUGGGGGAGCCAGUGAGCAUGACUGGGUGUGCACCCUCCCCCUGUGUUAGUGUGAAUCCUUGUAGGAGCUGCAUGUGGGUACAUGUGUAGCCUUUAUGCAGUCGCAUGCUGGCAGCCUGAGCACAAGGCUGCAUGUGGGUGUGUGAGUGUUGCUGGCAAGGGUGAGAGUGAACAGGAGCUCAUGCUGCCUCCCCUCCAUGUGCAGGCAUGUUCUCUGGGGAGGUGAGCAAGGGCCCUGCAAGCAUGAACGGAGGUGAGCAGCAGUGUGCAAGAGCAGGAGCAAGUGCUGCCUAAAUAAUUUGCCUUAGUGCCUGCUCUGGUGUGAUCACAAGUGUACAAGUGUGAUAACAAGUGUGUGAAUGUGUUUAUGAGUCCCCUUGUGAGCACUUGCUCACCUGUCUGUGGCUCUGUGUGAGAGGCAGCACCCGCAUGUAAACACGUGGGGGGUCCACCUUAGUGCCAGCUUCCCUGUCUGUUCAGAGAGUGGUUACCAGUGUUGGUGAGACAUUGCCCCCUAUGUGCUCACGAGGGCAUGAGCCGUGUGUGAGUGUGUUGCACGUGUCUGCCAUGGAGAAGAGCAAACCGGACCUGGAGCUGGGCUCACCUGGGGAAUCCAGCCUAGGGCUGCUGCCCACAGAGCCGCCUGCCCGCCCAGCCUGGAGCAGCAAAGCCCAGUACAUCCUUGCCCAAGUUGGCUUCUCUGUGGGGCUGGGCAAUGUCUGGCGCUUCCCCUACCUCUGCCACCAGAAUGGGGGAGGAGCCUUCCUUCUCCUGUACCUCCUGCUCCUCUUCGUCAUUGGGAUCCCUCUGUUCUUCCUGGAGCUGGCGGCUGGGCAGAGCAUCCGCCAGGGCAGCAUUGGGGUGUGGAAGCACAUCAGUCCCCGCCUUGCUGGCAUUGGCUUUGCUAGCUGCGUGGUGUGCAGCUUUGUGGCGCUCUACUACAAUGUCAUCAUUGCCUGGAGCCUCUUCUACCUUGGCCACUCCUUCCAGUAUCCACUGCCCUGGGAGAGCUGUCCUGAUGUCCCCAACAGCACCCAGAUGGAGCCCGAGUGUGCCCGCAGCUCCCCCACAACAUACUUCUGGUAUCGAGAGGCCCUGGAUGUGUCAGACUCCAUCAGUGAUGGGGGGGGCCUGGACCUCACGCUGACCGGCUGCCUGCUGGGCGCCUGGAGCCUGGUCUGCGUGGCCAUGAUUCGGGGCAUCAAGUCUUCUGGCAAGGUGCUGUACUUCAGCUCGCUCUUCCCUUAUGUGGUGCUGCUCUGCUUCUUGAUCCGGGGGCUCCUGCUGGAUGGGGCGGCUGAUGGCAUCCGCGUCAUGUUCACCCCCAAGCUGUCCAUUUGGGGGGAUGUGCAGGUGUGGCGCCAGGCAGCCACCCAGGUGUUCUUCGCACUGGGCCUGGGCUUCGGCAGCAUCAUUGCCUACUCGAGCUACAACCCGCGGGGCAACGAUUGCCACUGUGAUGCCCUGCUGGUGGCCGCCAUCAACUUCCUCACCUCCGUGCUCGCCACCCUCGUUGUCUUCGCUGUGCUGGGCUUCCGUGCCAACAUCCUCACCCAGACCUGUGUGGUGAGUGUUGUCACCAGGGUCAUGUGUUGUAUGAGGAGACCCCAUCCUGCCCCUUUUUGUGCUGUCACCAGGACUGUGUGUUGCACAAGGAGACCUGCCCCUCCCUGUGCUGUGAACAGGGUCUGUAAUGGAUGGAACACGGAGCAGCUAUCCUGGCUGCUGGGUAACAAGUCCAUCCCAGGCUUGGAGCUGUCUCUGGGGAACCUCUCUGAGUUCUCCCCCUCCACGUACAGCGCCUGGUACCAGGGGAUCCCUGCCGGCCUGGGGAUGAAGUUAAAGGAGUAUGGGAUCAUUGAAUGUCGGGUGGAGGAGGAGAUGAACAAGGGUGUGGAGGGCACUGGCUUGGCUUUCAUCGCCUUCACCGAGACCAUGACCCUGUUCCCGGCCUCCCCAUUCUGGUCCGUCCUCUUCUUCUUCAUGCUGCUGAACCUGGGGCUGAGCACAAUGCUUGGCAACAUGCAAGGCAUCCUCACCCCCUUGAUGGACAACUUUGCCCCCCUGCGCCGGAGACGCACCCUCUUCACAGUGCUGAGCUGCACCCUGGGCUUCCUGCUGGGUCUGGUAUUUGUGCAACACUCAGGCAGCUACUUCGUGGCCAUGUUCGAUGACUACUCAGCCACUCUGCCCCUCGUUGCUGUCGUGGCCUGCGAGGCUGUGGCCGUGGCCUGGGUCUAUGGGGCAGAGAGGUUCCUAUCAGACAUCGAAGACAUGCUGGGCUGGCGUCCCUGGAAGCUCUACAGCUACAUGUGGCGCUAUGGCAGUGUCCUGGCCAUGCUGUGCCUGCUGCUAGCCAGCCUGGUCAACCUGUGCCUGGGGCAUCCCACCUACCAGGCCUGGGACCGGGCAGAGGCGGCCAAGACCAAGCUGCCAUACCCACCCUGGGCCAUGGCAACCCUUGUCUCCCUAAUCGUGGUGGCUGUCCUGCCCAUCCCUGCCCUCUACCUCUGCCAACUGUUGCGGGAGUGGCUGGCACGGAGAGGAGGGUGCCCCAGCCUGGAGGGGACGCUCCCGGUAGCAAACAAGGAAGAGGAGGAAGAGGAGGAGAGCCCAGCUGACCCAGAGCUCCCGGCUAAUGGGUACCUGCCUGUGAAGACCGAGGACCCCCCUGAGGGUGGGGAAGAGGCCAGGGCCACCCUCUUGGGGGGGUCAAACUAACUCAGUGGAGGUUUGGCACAAGGGGGCAGAGGGCAAAGGUCAGAGGUCAUCGGAAGCAGUGUCUUGAUGCAAGUCUCCCAGCCUAUCCAGGCUUGGGGGGGGUCCCCUCACCAUUUGAGGGAGUCACUAUGGGGCUGGUGCCCCAUGGCACAUGCCCUCCCCAAGCAAGGCCUGAUUGCUGGAGAGAGAAGCAUUCCUAUUGGUGAAGCAUCAGAGGACACAAUCUCUGAUUGGCUGGGGAUGCAUGAUGGGGAGACAGCUCUGAUUUGGUGAAGGGAAUGGGACUGCGGCCUCUGAUUGGCGGAGCCUGAAGCUAGAACCAGAGGGGCAAUUAGGGAAAAAUGAAAGGCAGGAGAGCAGUGUUGGAUUGGUGGAUCAAAGGCUAAAGCUUUGGAUGGAUAGACUGAGGGGAUGGAUGCUACCUCCCCAGUCCUAAUGGAUAGGACCCUGGCUGGGGGAAAUGGGCCAGCCUGCCUGGUAGUGUCACCCCCACCAUCCAACUGUCUCCUGUACAUUUGGGAUGGCCAUCUUGCUCUCGCCCCUUGGCAGCAAUUGGGACCGCCAUCUUGUUUGUCUACUAAUGCUUCUUAGGACAGUCAUGUUGUCUUCUUACUGAUGUCACGCAUGCCUUGAUGACCCAGAGGACCCUUCUGUCCGUGGAGGGUGCGGGAGUAGAGGCACUCUCAGAAGCAUGGUGCUAACAUCCCGUUGAAACCACCAGCAAUUCAACCACCUGGGCCUGUCCACCUGCCCGUGCCUCUGGGCAGAAGGUGUCUACCUCUAAGAAACAGACCUGUAUUCACCUUGGGGGAGGUCAUGGCCUUGAAUUCCUGUCAAGGCCAAGACCAAGACAUUUCCAGGACUUGGGGCCAUCUCAGUGUGAGCUGGUGUUGACAAUGGGGGUUGACCAGCAGGCCUGAAAGGUUGGGGCUAUCAUCUCUGCCCCAACAAAAGUCAGUCCUGCUGCCUGUAGUUAAUUGUCUCAUCAGGGUAUUCUAGCUGGGACAAGGAAGGGAGAUUCCUAGUGAACCCAAGAUUGGGGCUGGGAUGGGGCCUUAGUUCCAGAAAGUUUCCUGGAUUAAGAGAGUGGGCUGGUCCACAGAGAGGAGAACAGCCUACUAUUGCUGCUAGCUCGGUGGUGUCCCCUAGCCAUGCCUGGGGCAGCCAACUUGUCUUCCUGUCAGUGCCAUUCUCUCCGAUGAUGCCUCAGGUAGUCAUUUCCCUGGCCUGGAGGUCCCAGCUCCUCCACUUUGGGGGAGAGGCCUGGGCUUUUGCCAUUCCAGGUUUGAGUCCUGGAAUUAUCCUACACAACUUGGUGGGAGCAGGACUCAAACCUGGAAUGGCAAAAGUCCAGGCCUCUCCCCCAAACUGGAGAGGCUGGGAACCUCCCAGCCUUGUCCCACCAGGCUGUGUGGGACAAUUCAGAAUUCAACCCCCCCGCUGCUGAAUACACCUGCUGUGUGAAGGAAUGGCCUCAUGGGGUGGAACUGAAGCAUGGAGAGGAGGUUUCUGGGACCGCAGCUGCUGUCUAUGCUAAUGAUAGCAACAGUAGCAUGAGGCAAGGUCUGGGGGGCUGGAUGGCCCUAUGGCAUUACUGCUCUGACUUCUGUAUUGGCGGGGUUCUUGGAGGCAACUGGACGCCGGGGCUCCAGUUCUAAAGAGAAAGAGCCCCACACCGAUUCUAGUUCUUAUGCCCAAGGAGGGAAAGGGGCAGGAUUUCAUCACUUCCACCUCUUGCUCAUGGGGUGAGCUUGGAGUUGCCCUGAAGAAUGUAGGUACUUGGCACCCCCAAACCUUCAUGUAGUCCAUCUCUCCCUCUGGCCAGUUCUUCACAACUCCACUGCUGCAUGUACCCUUCUCUCAACACUCUCCAGCCCUCACCAAGCUCACUGACCUCAGCCCUUCAAGGUUCGGACUCUCCACUUCUAUCUCCUGGAGCCAGAUUCUACUUGACUACAUAGCAGCAACAAUGCUUUGCGGCACCUGGAAUUCUUAGGGGGCUUUAGAGCACAGGCCGGGGCACCAGGCCCCUGGGUUAAGUUCCCAGGUCUGCCACCAACUCCCUCUAUAGUCACUGGGCAAGUUACUCGGCUGCUCUGGGUCUCAGUUUCUCCCAGCUGUGAAAUAGGAGUAAUGGUGCUUUGCCUGUUCAGAACAGAAGUUGAUCAGGGCAAGACCCAUCUCACCUGCCCUAGUGAAGCAGUGACCUUGCUCUCAGCUCUCAGGGCUGGCCAAUACCUGCCCCUAUGGGGCCUCUGAUCUUUACGGCAGCUUGUAGGUACUAUAAGGGAUGGAGUGUUAUACUUUGUACUGUGCCAUGUAAAUGUAAGCCUGGUCAAGUGGUGCUGGGCCUCAGGACAUCUGGGUUCUUUUCUCAGCUCCACUUCUGACUUUGAGUUAGUCCCCUGUGUGCCUCAGUUUCCCCUACCAGCCAUGGGUAGACUGGCAAGCUGUUGGGGUAGGUACUGACUUUCUCAGCUCCCAACCCAUGCCAUUACCAUCCCCCAUUCCCUCCAUGGACAAAAGGGAGGUGGGGAAUCUCUGCAGUGCCUGGAACAAAAAGGAUGCCUUCAUCUCACCUAGGAGCAUGACUUGGCAGUGCCUUGACCUGGGUCAGGCCAUUUUAGGUGCUAAUGCAAUGCUACUAUUUAAGGAUGCCAAUGGAAGGAGGAAAGGGAGAUAAUGUUACACUUUUGCACUUAGGAGACAGCUGUGUGCGUCACCCAUACAUGUGUGAGUGUAGGUCAUGACUCUCUUUUUACAUUUUGUUCAUGUCUCACUCUGGUCACCCUUGGGAAGGGGACUAGAAUUGACCUUUGCCAAGGAACUGGGUCAAACCCUGGGUAAACUCCCUACCCCCUCCUUGCACUCUGCAGUGACAUUCCACACACGCUUUGCAUCCUGAUCAUCAUGCAAAGCCACAAAUGGGCCCUUGCACGUGGGGGGGAAGGGCUGUGGCUUACUUGUGCGGAUGUGACCUGGGACUCGCAACUCCUUGCGUGUGGGCCUUGUGUCAGUGCCACCAUGACUUGCCUCAUCCCCAUGUGGUCAUGAAAUGUGCAAUGGCCUCGUGGUCACACCUGUGUGUGACUGGUGGCACUGAAGAGGCAUGACACCAGGGAGAAGGGCAUAGAUGUCCUCAUGCCAGCCCUGAUACAAGGGCAUAAGGGGGGGGCCUCUCCCACAGUUUUGUACAAGGCUGGUGUGUGUGUGUGUGUGUUGGGGGAGGGGAGGAAAUGGGGAGCAAGGAACCCCCCCCCCCCUUGUCCUGAUGUUGUGAGCGGGGCCUGAACCCCUGCCCAUGAUUGUCACCCAAUAAAACUAGAUGGAACCUA